AGAAAAAGCAGACAGCGAUCAGAUAAAUUUUUAUUCAGAAAAAAGGGUGACGAUCUGGCAAAAGGCGAUCGCUGGCCACCAUGCCCAUCCCUCCCCUUUCUUCUCCCUUUUGUUUAUUCCCCUUCCUCGAUCGGACGAUUGCGACGUUCUUGAUCUCGCCCAGUGAAGAAUCAGGGCGGAUCCGGUGGAUCUGUCGGAAGUUAGGGUGGAUUUCGAAGUGUCGCCCAAAUUCGGCCUACUCCGGCUGCGUGUGGCGAGAGCUGGACUAUAUUUGGCGCCGGAGGAAAUUCCGGUGGAAGACACGAAGGUAAGGUGAAUUAAUAGGAGAAAUGGAGACGGUGAAGGACAUGGAGUAUUACGACGUUCUCGGAGUGAGUCCGUCGGCGUCAGGGGUUGAGAUCAAGAAGGCGUACUAUUUAAAGGCAAGACAAGUUCAUCCUGAUAAGAAUCUAAAUGAUCCUGAAGCUGCCAAGAGAUUCCAGGUUUUAGGUGAAGCUUACCAAGUUCUAAGUGAUCCAGUUCAAAGAGAAGCGUAUGAUAAAAAUGGAAAAUCAAUCAUAUCAUGGGAUAAUAUGCUAGACCCAACUGCAGUUUUUGCUUUUCUUUUUGGAAGUGAUCUGUUCGAGGACUAUAUCGGGCAGCUAGCGACAGCAUCCAUGGCAUCCUCUGGGAUUAUUAGCGACAAUGACAACAUGGAUCCUGGGAACCUUCCUGAUAGGCUAAAGGCUUUCCAAAGAGAAAGGGAGGCGAAGCUUGCUGGGAAGUUGAAGGAUUUUGUGGACCAGUAUGUUCACGGAGACAAAGAAGGGUUUCUACAACGGGCUAAGAGUGAGGCUGAAAGACUUGCUAAUUCAGAUUUUGGAGUAAAUAUUCUGCAAACUAUUGGCUAUAUAUAUGUAAGGCAAGCUGCAAAAGAGCUUGGAAAGAAAGCCAUAUAUUUGAGAGUGCCAUUUAUAGCUGAGUGGGUCCGUCAUAAAGGGCAUCUCUGGAUGUCCCAGCUCACAGCAGCAAAAGGUGCCUUUCAAUUAUUGCAACUGCAAGAUGAGAUUCAGAAGCAAUUAAGCUUGGAUGGUGUCAAUCCAGAGAAUGACAGUGAUUCGUGCAUGCAGUUAAACAAAGACAAGAUGGUCAACUUGCUCUGGAAGCUAAAUGUUGCAGAUAUUGAAGUGACCCUAGUGCACGUGUGUCAGAUGGUAUUGCAGGAAAACCAUGUAAAAAAAGAGGAACUAGUUGCUCGUGCUAGAGCACUGAAAAUUCUUGGCAGAGAAUUUCAGAGUGCAAAUAAAGCUCAGCAUGCUGAGGCAUCUAAGAAGGACGAUCCAAAAGUUGAUGAAGAUGAAACCAGUUCCGAGUGCAGUUCAGAGGAUGAAUCACCUAGAGCUCCAUGUAGAAUUCCCUUUAUAUCCCAGAGGAUCGGGCGACUCUUUAGGUGCUUAUGCAAUCCAGCCUACUAUGUGGAUGACGACGAGAUCGUGUACAGAGAAAGAUGAAAUUAAACCAUUUAAAUACUUUUAUCUGGUAUUUAUAGGGAGGAUUUUCUGAUUGGGUGGUUGAAUGUGUAAUUAGAGUUUCAGGUAAUGUGGUGAUUUUAUCAAAUGAUACCGUUUCUAUUUUAGGUUUACUGGAAGGUUGUAUAAAAUUAUAAAUAGUUCUGUUUGACAGUGUGAUUUAAGUAAGCAAUCAAUCAAGUCUGUGAAUCUGA